UGUUUUACCUAUAAAAUAGAAAUUAUAACAGAGGCGAACCUAGAAAAGUCAACAGUUGAUAAAAAAUCACUACUCCGACUAUUAUCAAUAACUAUCAAAGCAUCUUUCAUAUCAACAUUCUGUUCAAUAAAAUCAGACAGUGUUGAUAAAAAAGGAAUAUACCAAUUUCUAGAUGUCGCUAUAUUUAUAAAGUGUGUUGUGCAAGAAUAAGCACCACUGACCUUUAGUGCACUUCAAAACCUUCAUAAGAAGACAUUAUUGUAUGUCUUGAUUGUGUUUUUAUUCCUCCUUAUCCCUUAUUCAUUGGCAAAGUCCAUCCCAGUUCAUCCACUGUUUCUACGUCAAUGUUAUGUACUGUAUAGACUGAGACGCGCCCUCCAUUGACCUUGAAAUAUUAGAAGUUGCUGAAACUCAGUGCAUCGUUUGAUGUUAAAGUCAUUGUUAUCCGGAACAACGUUGGAAUUUUAGUCUGCCGGGUGAUCUAUCUGAUAACAUUGCUAACUUUUCUGAUUGUGUAUUUGAUCAUUAUUAGUAAUCGAAAAUGGCGAAGAAAACAUAUGAUUUGUUAUUUAAACUACUUCUCAUUGGUGAUUCUGGUGUUGGCAAAACAUGUAUAUUAUUUAGAUUUUCCGAUGAUGCAUUUUCUACGACCUUCAUUUCUACUAUAGGUAUAGAUUUCAAAAUCAAAACUGUAGAAUUAAGAGGCAAAAAAAUCAAGUUACAAAUAUGGGAUACUGCUGGUCAAGAGCGUUUCCACACAAUUACUACUUCAUACUAUAGAGGAGCAAUGGGUAUAAUGCUUGUAUAUGAUAUUACAAAUGAAAAAACCUUUGAAAAUAUUGUUAAGUGGCUUAGAAAUAUUGAUGAGCAUGCAAAUGAAGAUGUUGAGAAGAUGAUCUUGGGUAACAAAAGUGAUAUGGAAGAUAAACGUGUUGUCAGCACAGAGAGAGGAGAAGCAAUAGCCAGAGAGCAUGGUAUCAGAUUUAUGGAGACUUCGGCGAAAGCAAAUAUAAAUAUCGACCGAGCGUUUAGUGAAUUAGCAGAAGCAAUUUUGGAUAAAACACACGGGAAAGAACCGCAAGAUGCGCCGGAUCGCGUGACAGUAGAUCGUAGGGUAGAAAGAAGUUCGAAUCGGUGCUGCUAAUUUUUUAUUUAUUAUUUAUUUUGUCAGCGUAUCAUAAUAAACUUCUAUAUAAACUCGUGCCAGUUUAAUUAGAUUUAUGAUUACAAGCUUAACGCAUAUCGUGUCAUUUUUAUUUGCUACAUUUUUGCAUCAGUGUAAUUACUACAUCACUUCUAAAAUCACUAUCGAUGAAUGUUGGUGUUAAUCAGUGACAAUUAUUAUCAUUUACAUUACCGAAGGCGAAAAAUUAUUUGAUAAAAAUUUUAUUUAUUCUAUUAACAACAAUUGGCCCGUAACAGAAAAUAGUAUAUAAGAGAAGUGUAAUUCAUCGCCUGGGUAUUGAUGAGACAAAAUUUUUAAUUACACAACAUGUAAUCAAUCCCACAUUAAAAAAUGUAACUACCGUCUGUCAUUGAAAAAAUACAUCAUCUAGUCGUCUCAUUCUCCUACGCAACAGUGUCUAGGUAAAGUGGCGUUUAAGGUGCCUAUUAUUAUCUGUAUACGUUUAUAUCGUAUAUGCACAAAGGUUGAAGUCCGUAAAGUAUGUUUAACGAACAUAAAAAGUUCACGUGUUUUUUUAUUCUUAUUUUAUUUACCUACUCGCACGCGAACAAUAUACUUAAGACUUUGAGGCUUUUUUAUAUUUUGGAUCUUAAGGGCCCAAUGUGAUUUUGAAUCAAUUAUUAGUCAAUUUUAAUACAGAAACUUUUGAUCCUGUCAACUGUAUAACUGAUUUACUAUAAAUAUAUACUAAUACACGA